AAACAGUAAGGGUGACCUGGCCACAUCAUGGGAUGCGUCGCAUAGUUUGACCACCAAUCGCCACACUGAGAUAGUAGCAUCGUUUGAGCGCAGUAUGAAUAAAAUUGAUCACCUUUUCAAGACCCCUUUCUACACAAAUAUUAGGGGAUUUGUGUCAAUCAAAUGCCUGAAACUCAUUGAUGCUGAACUGACAAGAAUGCGAGCCUGCGGCGGCAGAUGCGAUUGCUUAUUGAGAGAGACUCAUGGACUACCUUGCGGUUGUCAACUUGCAGAUUAUGAGAGGAUUCCGUACGAGGCCAUUCAUCCAUUCUGGAAGAGCCUAAGUUGGGAGCAUGUACCUGUUGCAGAUACUGGCAGCUCAGAUAUUUGCGGACUAAACCAUGGAGAGAUGCACCCAGAAGUUGAGGCACUGACACGUUAUUUCCAUUCUUUGGAUACUGGAGGGCAGAGUAUGGUAAGGAGGAAGCUUCAAGCGAUAUAUUGUCCUGAAAGGAGUACACUAUGUACUCCUGAGCUUCGGAUAAAGUCCAACCGCACUCCUAGGUUGAAAGAGAGCAAACAACCCAAGGGUCGAGCAAUAGGAUCCUUGACUCGUGAUCCUUCAGCGUUUGAACUUACAGACAAGAAGAUUAAAGAGGAAAAGAAGUCUUCACAACCAGCAAAGAGGAAGAAGCGUGUGAAGAAGUCUGAUACAAGCCAUUUCAUUUGUAACUUUCCAGCCUUUCUCCAUCCAUAUAUUGGCACAAUUACAGAUGUUGAGGAUGAUGGUAACUGUGGCUAUAGAUCCAUUGCUGCAUUAAUGGGGCAUUCCGCCGGUCAGGACGGUUGGCCUUGGGUUAGGGCUACAUUGAUACAAGAACUUGAGACCAAUGUGGUAAUGUAUAAUAGGAUGUGGGGCACAGAUGUUGUUUAUGGCUUACAUAAUCGUCUCACUCUUCCUAUUGGUGACCCGGCCACCCCUGACAAAUGGUUUCAACUGCCAGAGAUGGGAUACCUUGUUGCCACAAAGUACCAAUUGGUUCUCGUAUCCUUAUCAUCUAUGGGUUGUAACACAUACUUUCCACUGAUAGGAGCCGGCCCACGAGAUGAGCAUUCUGUUAUAGCUAUUGGACAUGUGAUAAAUCACUGGGUACAAGUAUAUUUUGACCAAAUACACUAAUAUUUUAGUUGCCUACUAGCUUGUCGAUUAAUUUUUGUAUGUGGAAGUUAUCUAAUUUUAUGGUUAUUCUCUAAAAUGCAGCUCCAAUUAACUCCUGGACAUCCUAUGCCGACUAUUGCUCCCCAGUGGGAAUGGCACAGUGAUCUUGCCUCCAAAUACUGGCGCAACCUAUAUGGUCCACGUUUAGGCAUGUAUGAUGCACAAUUCCAAGCUUGGCUUGGUGCUUUUAGUGGUCAUGCGGACUAUGUGGACAUCACCACAGAUUGAAUGUUCUUGUAUUGUAUAAUAUUAAUUUGUAAACUCUCUGUAAUUUGGUAGAA